AGACAGAGGUGCGAAAAAGUGGUGUGCAUCAAACCGUGUUUUAUUCACGUUGAUCGAGUGUGCCGAGCUGUGUCGUGAAAAGUGCAAUAGUGUGUUCUAAGUGUUUUCUGCAGUAAAUCAAGCGCCGCAAGAAAAGAAAGCAGUGUUUGCGUGCGUGCGCGCGUCCCUCGUGUGUCCGUGUGGUGUAUGUGUGUCCUAGGCAAUCAAAGUCAAUCAGCAGCGACCAACCGAUCGACCAUUUCUCGAGUGCGUCCAUCGGCGUCGAACCAGCAUCAUCAUCGUCAACGUCAUUGAUUGCCAUGUUUUGAAUCGUCCAAUUGAUCACCAUUGAUCGGAGAAAAUAUUAAACAAAAAAAAAAACAACAACCGAUCCGUGCGCUCAUCGUAUACUACAUACUUACACACGCAACCACACGUAUACCACACGAUCUCCUCCUCCCACACACUGAGCUAAGUAACAAGACACAUCCCUUUUUGAACAACAACUCCAACUCUCCGAUUUGCACCGGAGCCGCGGCUUCGUCAGAUCAGUGAACGAGAGAAGACAAAAAACACCAAAACAAACCCCCCGAAAACAACCUAAUUGAAACAGAAGAACACCGCGGCGGCAGCGAAGGAAGUUAAGCUUUACGUAAAAGGCGCAGCUAAGCACGCACGAUCGCGCUCCCGCAUCAACAACAGUUUCUGCAGCAGCAGCAGCACCAGCAGCAGCAGCAGCAGCAUCCCUUCUUCGGUGCCGGUGUGAUGAUAAUGGCGUCGUUCAACGGUGGAAGCGCCGCUGGUGGCGGCGGAGGCGGCGGUGGCCAGGAUGGGCCGCACAAUAAGCGACUCUGCACCGGCCAAGAGAUGAGCGAGGUGCCGCUUAACAAUCGGAAUAACAAUAACAACAUCAACGUCACAGACGAGCCCCGGCGGAAGCGUGACGUCGCAACGCGCCCCAAUCAUAUCCUGUUGUUCACGAUCCUGAACCCGAUCUAUCCGAUCACAGUGGACGUUCUAUACACGAUCUGCCAUCCAAAUGGCCAAGUGCAACGCAUCGUUAUAUUCAAGAAGAAUGGCGUCCAAGCAAUGGUUGAGUUCGACAGCAUAGAGUCAGCGACCCGCGCCAAAGACAGCCUGAACGGAUGCGACAUCUACUCCGGCUGCUGCACACUGAAGAUUGACUACGCAAAGCCAGAAAAACUCAAUGUUUACAAAAACGACAGUGACUCCAGUUGGGACUACACGCUGGUAGCCGCUACCACGGUCAAGGAGGUCGGUAAUGGACGCUCGCCCCUGCUCCAGGAUCCAACGCUCUUCGGUGGACGACCGCAGCCGUACAGUAAGUACCUUUCACCAUCACAAACACCCUACAACGAGUAUUCUACACCUACUCAAGGAAUCCGUUCAAAACCUGCUCUUCUAGGCACUGGCGGAGGCAAUGGAUUUCCACCGAACUUCUCCCCACCGGAUUUCCACCCGUCGGAAAACUGGAAACCGGCCGCCGCCGGAACGCACGUCGGACUGAUGAAGGAUCCGCCGCUGCCGCGGAACGGACCGACCAACUUUAUCCAGCCAACGCAGCAACAGGGCGCAGUGAUGAUGGUGUACGGACUCGAUAACGGUACGGCCAACACCGAUAAGCUCUUCAACUUGUUCUGCCUGUACGGCAACGUGGUCCGGAUAAAGUUUCUCAAGACAAAGGAAGGCACUGCCAUGGUACAGAUGGGUGACGCCAUCGCUGUCGAACGCUGCGUCCAGCACCUGAAUAACAUUCCAAUUGGAAACGAUGGCAAAAUUCAGAUCGCAUUCUCCAAGCAAAACUUCCUCUCCGAGGUCACCAACCCGUACACCCUGCCGGAUCAUACGCCUAGCUUCAAGGAAUACACCGGCUCGAAGAACAAUCGCUUCCUGUCACUGACACAGGCGAGCAAGAACCGCAUCCAGCCGCCAAGCAAGAUUCUUCAUUUCUUCAACACACCACCGGGACUGACCGAUGAGCAGCUGAUUGCCGCGUUCGCCACCAGCGAUUGCCAUCCGUCGCAAGUGCGUAUGUUCCCGCUGAAAUCGGAGCGCUCCUCGUCCGGCCUGGUCGAGUUCCCGAGCGUCGCCCUUGCCGUCCAGGCGAUCAUGAAGUGUAAUCACACCGCCAUCGAUCACAAAGGCACUAAAUUCCCGUUCAUCAUGAAGCUGUGCUUCUCGUCGUCGAAAACGAUGAACGGUGCGUGGAACAACGAAAACAUGGAGAAUAUGAAGCAAGGUUCAUCCGCCCCCACGACGCCCUGCACCGAAGACGAACCGAUGCAGGCCCGAUAAAUCCUCCAUCGCUAGCAGCUUGAUCGAUGCGAUCCCGCAUCCGUGCGCCCACCACCGGGGUAAUCGGCUGGAGCAUGCCAAUGACGACGUUACUUGCUUUUGUGUUGCCCAGCAAAUUCCCAUCGGUUUUGGACUGUGAUGUGCAAUGCGCGCGAGGAUCCGUAAAAAAGUCGAUAUUCAUCAGCAUCACCCGGGGUGAUGCGGAGGAAGCGGAAGAACAGACAGAAAAGCCACAUCCACAAAGAGCAACCAGACGACAGAGCAUCGGGCGAACACUUGCACCGGUCGCUGACGAGAAUCAAUGUUUAAAAAAAUCAUCAUCAUCGUCAUCAUCAACCAUCAACCAAUCCACCGUUCGCACGCGACUCCAGGUGUGCGCCACUCAUCAGCAUCUAACCCAUCGUUAUCUUUGCCAUCGGCAGCUUAUAUCUUGAUCAAAGGCAUCUCCGGUGGCGACCGGAUGCGGGCUUCACGCUGUGUAAAAGUAAGGGAAAAACGAACGAAGCCACCCCAAGAACGCGUCCUUUGUUAGUUGGAGGCAACACAAAUCCGGAAGUAAACUACGUUCUCGUUCAAUUGUGAUGCAGAUUGAAGAACUGGAAUGAAGCGGGGAUUCGUCCAAGAUUGCAUAAUGGUUAAACUUUAUUUUAUUGUAGGCAAACGCUCGCAAGCGAACAGAAACUUAAUGUACCACCGGUGAAAUUGGAAACGCAGCGCGGAACACUACAUUUAGAGGGACACGAGGCAAUAGGAAACACAUGGAGAAAGAGAGAGAAAAUUUACUCCGAGAAGACGACAUGCAGUUCCACAAACUCAAAACACAAUCAAACCGAAUCAGUAGCCGGGAAUUCGUGCGGAAGACACACACGCCAGCGUUUUGUGCCCUUAUUGGCAUUAUAGUUUGUUGUUUUUUUUUUUGUUUGUUCACUAUGCGACACAGAAGCAAAACUAUUUUACCGACGCGACAAAGAAAGCUCUCGUUGUACGAGGGUCGUAGGAGAGUGUCUUUUCCUCCGACGUGGGACGGUUUUUUUUGCCUCAACUUGUCCUUAUAUUUAAUACUACACAAACCUUCCUAAGUGUCACAAUCAACUGGAAAUGGAAAGACUCGGACUUGCAAUCCGUGACGAUUGUUAGACGAUCAGUUGAAGAACGAGAGAACAAACGAGAGCCGCGUUGGAAAACGCGCAGAUAAGAUAGAAAACAAUUCCCGAAAAGCUUUGAAACCAAAAAUGCACAGGAAAAGGCAAAAACGGGAAAAAGUGUAAAACAGUAAAAAAAAGGUCGCCAGUGCGAUGCGACAUAUGCUGUGGCUUUGAUUGGCAUCAAAAAGGCGCCGAUCGUGCGCUAAAGUGUUCGAUUUUUAAAAUUAGCUCUUGGAACGACGGUUUCUUAUCCUACUAUUAAUUUGUUUGUUAGUUUUUCAUUGCCUUUCAAGAGAAGCUUUUAUUUAUCGUCCUAUUUUCGUUAAUUUUUUGUAGUUUCUUGCAUACUUUCUCUUAUUCUCAUCCUAUCAUACUGUCCGUUUUUGGUUUUCACCUUUCUUCUCCACUGUGAGCCUUCUAGAUACAUUGAUACAAGAACAAGAAAAAAGACAUUAUUUAUUGUUUGUUAAUCUAGAGAUGUCAUGUAAGCACGGGAGGGGAAAACUCGGAAAAAGUAAAGGAAAUCACAUGAAAGCGCAGGUAGCUUCCUCUCCCGCUGAAAAUGCAUGAACUUUGUGAUGAACGUUAGUGUGAACGGAAAGAUUAAGAAUGGGACGAUAUGAAAUGGUUUGCAUGAGCGUGUACGUGUAUGUAUGUGUGUGAAUAACGUUAGAACAUGGCUGGAAGAGGUAUGUAGAGAAUGUAUUCAGUUUUUUGCCUUAGUUCAGUUCGCUUGAUAAAUAUUUAUCUCAGACAAUUAAACUCAGUUUUGUAGGAUUCCGGCGAAAUGAAUCAAUGGAAUGGCGGCAAGCCUCUUUGGAUUCGAUUUCUACUUAAACUAUUUAACAUGAACAAAACGACGAGAUGAACUUAUGAUAGUCCUGGUAGUUUUGAUCAAAGCCAACAUAAAACAAUCGCGCAGUGAAUACAUACACGAACACAUUCAACCAUGGCAAACAGAUGAAACAAAUACAAUCCACACAGACACACGAAACGAUUAAACAAACAGAACAACUAGCUCUAGCUUUAGCUUAAAUUACACUACAAUUGGUUUCGUUUGUUUUGCUGACCACCGAAGAACCAAUCGAUCUGUGGAGGUUCCACAACAGCGCAUGACACACAAUUCAACAACAGCUACAAUUGCAAAGUGAAACAAAAAAAUCACAAUACGAUUUUGUUAACUCAAUUCGUAGUUAGCGGUGAGCGUUAUCGGAAAAACUCAUCAAAAUAUUUUAGUUUUUGUUAGUAAGUCUGACAAAGUAAGCUGUUGCUUUAAUUUUACGCAAAAGCACCAAACGAAACAUCAAUUGUCGGGGCAACACACAACACCACAUCCACACGCAACAAGAAACACCUAUUGCACAUCCUCCGCGGAGGUCACCUAAAAAAAGAGGCUUAGAAUAGAACAAUAUACAACACACUUUCAACAACAUAACACCACCACUAAACAUAACAACCACCAUUACCACCACCAACACCACUACGCGCUAUUAGUGGCCAUCCUUUUGAAAGGAUAAAUCCGUAACUGAACAGGAUAGAUAAAGAAACGACAAACGUUGCAUCGCCGAAGGAAGCAAGAGAGAAAGACAAUCUUUUCAGAUUUUUGCAGCAACUUAACUUUUAAAACAUACUUGUCGUCUUGUCGUGUAAAAUGCUAUGUUAUUAGCCCAAGGUCGAUGUAUAAGCCGUUUUGUUGGAGCUUUUUCUAUAGUUAACUAUGAUUACUGUUUAGAUUAGUUUAGUGUAUAGCCUACUACUACUUGGUAACGACUUUAGACGACAGCGUUGUGCAAUUUACGAAUGAAAUCGACCGUAGAAUGUUCGCAGAAAGUAAGCCAGCAAGCCAAAAGAGUCACUCGGUCCCGCCACAGCCAAAACAAAGGCUGGGUGUAGUGCUGGGAUAAGGAUAUUAACUCCCGAGAUGUGGAGCAUCGGGCAGACCGUAGCGCAGUAGCGAGAAGAAAGUGUUCAGUUUCGUUACAAUUGUUUUAUUUUAUAAAAUGUUUUUGUUUUAUUGAAGUAACCUUUUCCGUUUCGUACAUUUAUUGUUUCAAUAAAGAAUGGAAGAAAUCAAGCUGGA